AAAUCUUCCGUCCAUUUUCAUUUUGCAAACUUAAAAAAACGACGACGAAAAAGAAAAAGGCAUUUCUUUUUGUCGGUUAAAAUAUUGCUUGUUGCUGGAUAAUGUGAGCUAACUAUCAUUUAUGUUGUUUAGUUUUAAUAAACAUAGUUUUAACAAGAGGAACUGUUGAUAAUACCUUGGUAACGUUUUGAAAUCAAAAUUUGACAUUGACAUCACAAAAUGGAGGAUGAGAAUGAAUAUAAGAAAUUGCCGACGGAUGAGAAAUGUGUUCACAAGUUAUGGAAGGCCAGGGUCGCAGGAUACGAAGAGGCCAUCAAGUUAUUCAACCAGAUUGAUGAUGAGAAAUCACCGGAAUGGAACAAAUACUUAGGAUUGAUCAAAAAGUUUGUUACGGACAGCAAUGCGGUGGCUCAGGAGAGAGGUUUGGAAGCUGCUCUGGUGUUCGUUGAGAACUGCGGGCAUGCCGGAAAAACGACCGGCGAGGUGAUGUCUGGCAUUGUCGCCAAGUGCAUCGCAGCGCCCAAGACUAAAACUAAGGACCUUGCACUACAGAUAACAUUAAUGUACGUAGAAAUAGAAAAACAUGAAAUCGUGGAAGAAGAAUUGAUCAAAGGUAUGGAACAAAAGAAUCCCAAAGUGGUGGCAGCUUGUGUGUCAGCAUUACACACGGCAUUGAAACAAUUUGGUAACAAAGUGAUAGCCAUCAAACCUAUGGUGAAGAAGAUCCCUGUAUUAUUGUCAGACAGAGACAAAGGUGUGCGAGAUGAAAUGAAAGCUCUCGUUAUUGAAAUGCACAGAUGGAUAGGAGCAGCCAUAGAGCCUCACAUAGCGUCCCUACAAGCAGUGGUACAGCAGGAAUUGAGGGAGUCGUUCAGCGGCACCGGGGGAGGGGCGCAGCCCACCCGGUACCUCCGCUCGCAGCAGAACAGGGUGCGGGAUACUCCUGCUGCUGACUGUGCUGAUGGGACGACAGAAGACGACGACGCCGAAACUGGCGGCGGAGACUCAGGGGACAUGGACCCUUACGAUUUACUGGACCCAAUGGAGAUCCUGUCCAAACUGCCGAAGGACUUCUAUGAUAAAUUGGAAGCCAAGAAGUGGCAGGAGAGGAAGGAAGCCCUAGACGUACUGGAGAACCUCCUCAAGUCCGCUCCUAAACUGGAACCUGGAGACUAUGCUGACUUAGUUAGAGCUUUGAAAAAGGUGAUAUCAAAGGACACAAAUGUUAUGUUGGUAGCGUUAGGCGGUCGUCUCCUCGGCAUGGUCGCGACAGGUCUUCGCAACAAAUUCUCCCCGUACGCCUGUGCGUGUGUUCAAGCUAUACUAGAGAAGUUUAAAGAGAAGAAAACUAACGUUGUUACGGCCCUCAGAGAGGCUAUCGAUGCUAUAUAUCCUUGUACAAAUCUUGAAGCCAUUAUGGAAGAUAUGCUAGCAGCCUUCGACAAUAAGAACCCGUCAAUAAAAGCUGAAAGUUCCCUUUUCUUAGCAAGAGCUCUGUGCCAUACUCAGCCAGCGGCAUUCAACAAGAAGCUCAUAAAGGCAUAUGUUGCUGGCUUGCUGAAGUUGCUGGAAAGUGCUGAUCCUGCAGUACGAGACGCAGCAGCCGAAGCAUUAGGUACAGCAACAAAACUAGUCGGAGAGAAGAACAUCGCACCACACAUUGGCAAACUGGAACCUUUGAAGGAGCAGAAAAUCAAAGAAUUUGCGGACAAGGCUGUGAUACAAGUGAAGGUGGCAGCUCCGAAGAAGGAGGCAAAGGCUAAGCCAAAUCCAUCACCAUCUGCUAGAGGUGAUUCUAAACCUACGGCCGGUUCUGCACAACCCAAGCCAGUUAAACGACCCAACUCUGCUAAAGCCCCAGUAAAGAAGGCUCCAGCGUCUCGCGGCCAACCCAGUCCGCCGCGUGAACAAGAGUUGUCGCAGGAGGAAGUCGACGCCAAGGCAGAGAUGUUGUUCCCGGCUGAUGUAAUAGCAGGUCUCGGCGACAGCAACUGGAAAACCCGUCUAUCAGCCGUUCAAAGUUUCCACAGUACCGUUCAAGGUCUGACCUCAAGCGAUGCGACCUCACAAGUAUUAUACCGCACGCUGAACAAAAAGCCCGGCCUGAAAGAUACCAACGUUCAAGUGCUGAAAGCCAGGCUCGAAGCUUGCAAAUACAUUACUGAGAAUUUUCCUGUUUCCACGACCGCAGCGGACUUUGUCCUUCAAGACGUAGUAACCAAGUUAGGUGAAGCAUCAUGUGCAUCAAUCUGUGCAGACUGCCUUACCUCUUUAGCUGAAGCAUGUGGUAUAGAACAUGUUCUCAAUGAGGGACUGAUGUUUGCCAUGGAUUCACAGAAAAACCCUAAAGUACAAUCGGAAAUGUUCAACUGGAUGGCCAAUGCUAUCAAGGAGUUUGGGUUUAAUAUGAACAUCAAAUCAAUAAUAGCGCACAGCAAGAAGGCUCUAUCAGCCACAAACCCCAACGUCCGUACAUCAGCAGUGAACUUCCUUGGCAUUUUGUCUCUAUAUGUGGGACCGUCCCUGAUCAACCACUUCGACAGUGAGAAGCCAGCUACUAAACAACUGAUCAGCUUGGAGCUAGACAAACAUGCUAACAGCACGCCACCUACUCCUACAAGGCAGAUAGGAACUGUUAGUAAGUCUGCAAGUAAAGCGUCAGUGGACGACAUAGAGGAAGCGUUUGAGGACGCGACGGAGGACGAACCCGUCGUAGUGGACGACAACAGGCCACGCACUGACAUCGCGCCACUCAUCACUGAGGCACUCAUUGCUGAGAUUAAUGACAAGAACUGGAAGGUCCGUAACGAAGCUCUCGAUAAAGUGAAGGCAAUAAUAACAAACUCGUCGCCUAUCAAGCCGUCUCUAGGCGAGUUGCCCGCAGCGUUGUCAGCGCGUCUACUAGACUCCAACUCCAAACUAGCACAGAGUGCCUUGCAGAUUUGUGAAGCAUUAGCUUCUGCAAUGGGAGUCAAGUGCAAGUCACAUGUGAGGACUUUCUUCCCUGCGUUCUUCCAAGCCUUCGGCGACAGCAAGCAGUGGAUCCGCGCGGCGGCGGUGUCGUGCGUGGAGGCGUGGUGCCGCGCGGCGGGCCCGCAGUGCGCGCUGGACGGGGACAUGCUGCACGACGCGCUCAAGGCCGGCAGCCCCCUGCUGCGCGCCACGCUGCUGCAGUGGCUGGCCGACCAUCUGCCGAAUGUACCUCCAAAAUCAUUCCCCCGCGAGGAGCUGUCAGUAUGCGUGCCGAUCCUGUACGCGUGCCUGGAGGACCGCGCCGCCGACGUGCGCAAGGUGACGGCGGACUGUGUACUGCCCGUCAUGUUGCAUCUAGGGUACGAGGCCAUGCAUAAACAACUCGACAAAUUGAAGCCUGGCUCCAAAACAGUAGUACAAGCCGCGUUAGACAAGGCUCGACCGAGCUUGCCAGUACAACCACUACCGCCAUCUAAAGGCAAGAAAGAAGAACCACGUGGUGUUAAGUCCGCUGGCGCACUAAAGAAGGAGGCUGAGAAGAAAGGCACUGCUGUUAAGGGCAAGGGACCAGUAAAAUCGGCUUCAGCAUCAAAUCGCGGUAAGAAGGAUGACGAGGAUUGCUCACCCCUCCUACCAAACAACAACGCCAAGAACCAACGCAUCAUUGACGAUCAAAAACUCAAAGUAUUGAAAUGGAACUUCACAACUCCUCGCGAGGAGUUCUUCGAACUUCUAAAGGAGCAGAUGGCGACUGCUGGAUUGAACAAACAGCUGGUUGCCAACAUGUUCCAUAAUGACUUCAGAUAUCACUUAAAAGCAAUAGAGGCUUUAUCAGAAGAUCUACAUGAGAAUGGACAAGCUUUAAUGGCAAAUUUGGACCUGGUCCUCAAAUGGUUGACACUUCGGUUCUUUGACACAAACCCGUCAGUGAUCCUCAAGGGAUUGGAGUACCUUUCUGUCGUGUUCACGUAUCUAAUGGAUAGUGACUACACCAUGCCGGAGUAUGAAGCUAAUUGUUUUAUACCUUAUCUAGUUUUGAAGGUCGGUGACCCGAAGGACACGGUGCGCAACGGCGUCAAAUCUCUGUUCAAGCAAAUAUGCGUCGUGUAUUCUGUUACCAAGUUGUUUGGAUAUUUGAUGGAAGGACUCAAGUCUAAGAACGCGAGACAAAGAGCUGAAUGUCUAGAGUGCAUCGGUCACUUGCUAGAAACUUACGGUUCGACGGUGAUGGGCAGUGGUGGUAGCGGGGCGCUCAAGGAACUCGCGCGACACAUCGGAGACAGGGACAACGCCGUCCGGUCCGCCGCACUCAACUGUGUCGCUUCUGCUUACUUCUUGGAGGGAGAGAAGGUGUACAAGAUGAUUGGACAGAUAUCAGACAAAGAUCUCUCAUUACUGGAAGAGCGUAUAAAGCGCGCGGGCAAGUCUCGAAGUGCGGAGUCGCGACGGUCCAUGCUCGUACCACUCACUGCUUCUGGCAAACCGGUGCAAAUACAACAAGAGGAUCCAGAACCUAGACGUGUAAUAUCAGUGGACUCAACUCCAGCUGAGUAUGAGGAGGAGGAAGAGGAACCACUUCCCGCACCUGCACCAUUGCCUGUCGCUCCUCCAGAACCGAAAGUCAUCACCGGUCCAUUCGGUCUCGAUCCGGAAUUGAUCGCUCAACUAGACGCAGCAGUGCCCGUGCUACGGCAGCCAGAUGUGGCUGAAAUAGACCUCAAGUUCCUCGACGAGCCUAUUCCUACUGGCGCAGUUAGACCACAAAUGACACAUACACAACCACCUAUUCGGUCCAGCAUGGUCCCGAUGUCCCCGCCCCGGCACGCGGCCCCGCUGGUGGCGCCGCAGCCCCACUCGCUCACGUCGCACGUCGACGACUCGCAACUCGCCGACACUAUACACUCCAUAGCUAGCCCGGAUUUGAAUGCGGCGAUCCGAGCUCUGUCCCUGAUCUCGGGCGCGCUGGUGUCAGGUCGCGGCGGCGCGCUGGCCCCGCACGAGGCGCGGCUGGUGACCGCCAUCGCGGCGCAGGUCCGCCGGCUGCGGACCGCGCCGCCGCAGGACGCCCUGCCCGCGUACAAGUACCUCGCUAGUGCACUCACUACGUUCUACGAGACGGGCGGGUGCGGCGCGCACGUGGGCGAGGCGGCGCUGUGCGCGCUGCUGGGGGAACUGCUGCGGGUGCUGGGCGGCGGCGCGGCCGGCGCGGGCCACGACACCGGCCGCGACACCGGCCACGACGCCGAGCGACUCGUGCGGAUACUCAACAACGUCUGCGUCAGGCUACUCGAGCACUCGCCCAGGACGCCGCUCCUGGGUGCAAUAGUAUCCCUUCUCCACGAAUCUAUCGGCGUAUCUGACCCAGCGUACCCACGCUACCAAGACCUACUUCUCAAGUGUUUCUGGAAGACCCUGAAGAUGAUCUCCACAUGGGACGUCAACUCCAUCGAUUAUGAUGCAGUGUUGUAUAAAAUACACCUGUUCUAUAAGGCCUACCCUAAUAGCUAUUGGAAGAAGAACCCAGACAUCAGUGAUACACCAUACAGGACAGUGAAAACAUUGGUGCACACUCUAGUCAAAAUGAAGGGAAGCUCCAUCACAAACCAUCUCACACAAAUACCAGAUGUCAACGAAUCUGACCUCUACCCCUACCUACUCAAAGUUCUCAAGCAAUUAAAACUGGACGAGAAAAAAGAAAACACGCCCGACGCUCUAAACGGUGGUUCAGUCCUCGCGUCAGUACCACCAAACAACGCCGCUCUGGCUGCCGGCAGACUACCUCGGGCUGUUCAUGAAGAACUGGCGCUUAUACUCAAGAGGAUCGGCACCAAGGAACAUAAUAAGGACGCCUUGUCACAGCUGUAUGAUUUGCGGGAGCGUCACCCAGAAGUAGACAUCUGGACGUUCAUGCAAGGUUCAUCGUUCUACUUCCGCAACUACGUGGAGAGGGGGCUGCGCGAGGUGGCUGAGCAGAGGAAACUCGCCUCUAUGCCCAUAUACAAACACGACUACAAGUCUGAUAAUAUUGACAUAAGUAAUGAAAACGACGAAAAAUCACAUGUGAUAUUCUUAGAGAGACUUCGAGCUUUGCAGGCCAAAGCCGGUUUAAAAACAGAGUCAUCACCGUCGUCACAGCCUCGUACACCGAUAGGCGACAACCGAACACUAGUCGACUCCAUCAACGAGAACACAUUGCCGCGAACACACAGUAUCGAUCCACAACUUGACCUACACACAACACAGACGCUAUCACAACGCAACGAAGCGGAAGUAGACGCAUUACGCCUGAAACUGCAACAAAUCAAGAGCUCCUCCAAGAGAUAAGAUCACACUUGCACCAUACACGGAAUUGUUAGCUCUCUCAUAAACAUCAUCGAUUUACUAGCACUAUAACGCGGCACUAGUAGAGUGAUCAUCCAACAACUAGUCGAUUUGAAUCAACUAAUCGACUAAAAUACACUCUCAUAUACUUUGAAAGCUUCUUCGUCUUGCCUGAAAUAACUCGAACGAUUUAAAUCUCAUUUUUUUUUAAUAUCAUCUCAUGUAAUCUAAGACUAGGCCUAUGCGUGUUCCGAGGUAGCGUCCAUCGAUCCCUUACUGAGUGAACAUGACAAUAUAGUUUCAGUAUCGCCUUGCACAGGGUAUAACGCUUCAUGUAUUGUGAACUUGUGUCUCGGUAAGGGGUCAUAUUGUUGUUUGGUUAGGAUAAAAUUCAACUAUCUUGAACAUUGUUAUGUAGCCAAUGAUUCGUGGUUUCAAUUCAUAGCUUAAUAGUGAUAGUUUGCUAAUUUGCUAGGCAUGUUGAUUGCAUUUUAAUGAUUGUGUAUUCAACAAGAAUUUAGCAAAUUAACGAACUGUUAUCAUGGCGAGUUAAUUAAUAAUCGUAUUGUAUGUAUGGAAUUGAUACAAAGAUAGUCGCCGACAAAGUUUGUAAUGGAAAAACUAACAGUAACUAACAAUUUUAAAAUCAUAACACCAGCAACUUGUUUUGUUAAAACCGGAGAAGUUUUAUUCGUUGGUUGGAAAAUAAUAAGAAUGGAUAAUCUACAAUUUAAAUAUUUAAUCUAAAAUUAAGUGUUUAAGGUUUGAAAUUGAAGUACAUUCUGUGUUAUUCAAAAGUAAACUAUAAAAGAAAAAUACCCAAAGAUAAAUUGAGAAAAGACAUGACAUCCGGGCCGCUGUUAUGUGGUACUGCUAUUACUACCAAGCCUCAAUAGGCGCGUUGAUUACAGUAUAAUAAUAAUGUUCACAGAUAUUAUAAAUCAUCUCACAGUGUGUUUCAUUACAUGAUUGCACUUAUCAUAGCACUUUCACGGUGUAGUAAACAAGAGCGCUUAGAAACGCAAGAACCAUAGCUUCAGUUUUCCAGACAAAGUUUCGAAGUGUUUAUGCCACUACAGACAACGGCAACUUCUUACAUACGAUAGUAUUUUUAAAUCUGCCUUCGUCAGUUUGGCCUUCGUCAAUGAACCAACCAAUCAGGGGUCUAAACGCUUUAACGUUUCGAUAUUUCUGUGACUAUAAAACCGGUUGUACAAACCGUUAAAAGUUGUCCUGUAUUGUAUAUGUUACAAGUUAGUUGACAAAAUAACUACUUAUAUAAUUUGGCUCGCUUGUCACACAAUCAUUUGUUUUUCAAUAUGUGUGUCGUAGUCUUUUGAACGAAUCAUGUCAUUUUGUACUGUAAGCAGUUAUGCCCCAUUCACGAUCCAUGCUUAGGAUUAAAAGGCAUAAUAUACUUUACUGCAAAUUUAAAACGAAAUCAUAAUUAUUUUACUAUAUAAUAUGUAUUCUGGAGUACAUAGAUUGCUUCAAUCAUAUAAAGGAAGUUUUUCAGUUUUAUUGAAUAUCUAACACAAUUGUUUAGAAAUAAAUUUUAUAGAAUCGUAUGGUACUAAAAUCUGUGGUGUAUUAACUUAAAUUCUCAGUGUAUAAACGAAAUUACUUUAACAGCAUAUAAUGUUAGUAUUUGUAAUAUGAUAACGAAGUAGCCAUUUAAAACGUAAUACGUAUACUUUAGCCAAUCCAUACAAUAAUUCAAUGUUUAAUUAAUAAUGGGGGCUACCUUUUUUCGUUACCAGAUGUCGCUAGCGUGGAUAGCUCGUUCUUUGUCCAAUAAGGGAUUAGCUCAUGUUACACCAUUGGACGUUCUCGCCUAGAUUAGCGCUAAAGUGAACCAAAUAUCGGUAGCCCCCAUUAAAAUGAUGCUAAAUAGCCAUAGAGAAUACAUUGACUCUAGUUUUGUAUCUAUCAUUGUUCAAUGUAGUUUUCAUUGAAGUUGAAAACUAUUAUUGAUGUAUAUAGGUAUCUUAUUAUACUAUUAACAUUUUGUAUAAGUUAAUUUUGUAUGUAUUUUUUAUAUUGGAUUUGUGUUGAGUUUUUGUGUUCGUUUGUGUUUGGAGGUUGCUAUGUUUCAUGCAAUACUCGUCGAGUGUGAAACGAGUGGUUUGUUGGGGCCAUGAAAGAUAGAUUUACAGCAUAAUAAAGUACACUAUUUUUACGUGAGUCUCCUAUAAGAAUGCUUUCUUGUUACCCAACAACUGCCCGAGUCACCUUACAAUUUUGUUUCUUUAUUAACUCAAUGAUUGAUUGUUUGAAUUGAAGAGUUUGUUUGGAGUGUUAAGUUACAGAUGCGCGACCAGUCGUCAUCCAGUAGGUUUGUUAGAAAACUUGUUAGAGCUGAGAUGAGGCCAUAAUUAAUAUAUUUUAGUACCCAAGUUCAUAUAACCUGAGAUUAUCGAUACAUUCCUCCCAGUAUUGGAUUUUUGUGUACCAAAUUGUAUGUCCAUUGUCAUCAAACUAUUUAUAUACCAUUCAUUCAUUCAUCAUACCUCAUUAUAACUUGGAUACUAGUGAAAAAACAGUUUUUAACACAAUUUCAAAUUGAUGUUGUCGUUAUUGAAUGUAAAUGAAAAAAUGCCUUUGAAGAGUAUUGAACUCUAAAUUGUUAAGUGAAAUGAUAAUGAAAGAUGAACUAUUCAAGGUUUAAAGUUAUUAAUUUCUUGUUAAUUGACUCUGUAGUAUGAGUUUAUUUCAUAACAUAUUAUAAUGAAAACAAUGUACUCGAUAUGUUUAAAAAAUAUUCGAAUUGCUUAUAGAUAAGGAACUCACUAUUUUACGAUUCCUAUUCAAUGUACGGUAUGGAAACUAGGACCCGUAGAUUUGUUAUUAUUCAAGUUUAGAAUUCAUUUUAUUUGAUACAUGUUGAUUCCAAUUUCUGAUUCGUUAAAUUAGGUUAAUUUCUAUGAUUGUCUUUAGUAUAAAACAUUCGCUUUUUAAACAUGACUUCAUAUGGAUUAUUGUGAGCAUUUAUUUAUUGUAUUAUGUAAAUUAAUGUUUAAAUCAUGAUGUAAUAUUAAUGAUAAUAAAGUGCAUACAAC